CUCUUUUCACAAUCAUAUUUGAGUAUCGGCCUUGACCUUAAAGCACACCACUCCUCAACAUACUCUCGUAACAUGGCGUCUUUCAGGCAAGACUCCGUCCCUUCCUACCUGCAAUUUGUACUCUUCUUCGGCGCUCGGACAUUUUGGUUCUGACAGCUCCGAAGGACGACGAAAUCACCUCAACCCUGCGGCCCUUGCUCCUGUUCUUCGGUCACCCGGAGGAUAUGCUCAGUUUCUGCACCUCGACUCUCAAACGCAAACACGAUCAAGGCUGCACAAAGCACACCACACCAUGGCCAUCCAAGGCCUCCGACGACCGCUGCUGACCUUGUUCGCCCUCCUCGGCGCUACCCAAGCCCUCCCCGCCCUCCAGGUCCCACUCACGCCCUCACCACACGUUUCUGACGUACCUUCAAUAGAUACCUGGGCCCUCAAUCCUCUGGGCGAUGCAGCUAUCAUCCGUCUUGUCACUCCUUCUAGCUCCUCGGAAGAGUAUGAACUCCAUUUACUGGCUAUCAAUGCGCAAUAUACUAUACCCACCGUACUUCACGGCCCCACCGAUCCUCGAGCUGUAUACACGUUUCUCGACGACCAUACCUUGGCCACGCUCUCUCCUUCCUCUCCAGCAUCACCAUCAUCGUCUCGACUACCCGAGGCCAGCAGAGACAAGAAGCCGGAGGUCAAACGAUGGGAUCUAGUGGUGCAGAAGCUGAACUAUACAUCAUUCCCGUCUGCUUAUCCGCCGUCUUUGGGUAGGAGAAGGCUCGUCAGAAGGGUGGAGCUGGAAAGAUCCCCGGAGAAGGUAUUGUACUCUUCCCAAAAUGGGGCUCUUGUCAUCGUGCUUUCAGCACCUCAAGCACUGGAAGGCGAAGAAAGAACGGAAGAAAAAGAAGGGAACGGGCCAGUGGUGCAAGUUUAUCUCGCCCUUGGUGACAGCGGGCAAUGGACGACAAAGUCCAAGCUGGAAACCCCGCUAAAGAACACCGGUCUAAUUGUCCUCGAAGCAACUAUUCGAGGACCCAUACUGGCAUUUUCAGCUCUCAAUCCGUCCCUCUCCAUCCCCAGCUCACCCUCCGUCCUAUACACCCUCGACAUAUCGUCGCACAAACUCACACAAAUCAGCUCUGCCCACCAAGGCUCUGCAAGCUCCCCUGCCAUCAGUUCCGAAGGCAGAAUUGCAUGGCUCAACCAGCCCCCCAUCCAUGCUGGAAACGAGAGAGUGAUAGAGGUUCGGAGAGCGCUUUGGUUGUCAGAUGAUGUUGAUGGAAAGAGUCGGGCGGUCGGAUUACAGGAUUACGAGUUGAGCCCCACCGGCGUGGUUGUAGGCUUUUUCCCUGCACCAGAUGUCAACGGCGGGGGCAGUGUACUAAUAACGCAUAGUUUUCGAAAGACGGCAAAGCCAUCAACCUCCUGACUCCACACGACAACUCUGCCUCCCUCUUCCACAUAUGGACCCCUUCCUCUUCAUCCUCUCCGCCCGCCAAACCCGUGAGAAUUCCAUCUAAUGGUACAAUCUACGAUGCCGUGCACGUCGGCAUCACGCCCCUGGACCAUUCGCACUUGAUCGGCUCCAUGUCGGAGAAGACCGACGGGAAGGGGAAAGAGUUGUGGGUGAUCUCACACUCACCCCAUGAAGAUCCUGCCGAUAAUUAUGAGAAUAUCCGGUUGACUUGGUUUACGGAGGGGUGAAGAGUGUACCAAUAACAUCCUGGUUCUUGUUUGGGGCUGCAUGCAUGAGCUGGACGAUUGCCA